AUGGUUAUCAUCAGACAAGUGCAAAAAACCUGUUUUGCCGAAGAAUUAGACAUAUUGAAAAGAGGAAAAAAUUGGAAGGCAAGCCGCAUUUAUUGUCUGGAACCCCACUUGGAUGACCAGGGCCUGCUACGUGUUGGUGGACGGAGAGUCGAUGAAUAUAUGGACCAGAAUUCUAGAAGGCCCCUGAUCUUACCAAAAGAUCAUCCUGUGAUUACUCUAAUAGUUCAAGACAUUCAUGUGUUCUCUGCUAGACACUCUGGCAGAGAACACACCUUGACAGAAUUACGGAGGAAAUAUUGGAUAGUGGCGGGUAGGCCGCUGAUUGACCGAAUACUAUGUAACUGCUUCACCUGCCGCAGAAUAAAUAGUAAACCCCUGACUCAGAGGCAAGGAGAUUUACCUGUUGAGCGAGUAACACCAUGGGGCCCCCCUUUCUACCACAAUGGAGUGGAUUGUUUUGGUCCAUUUUAUGUAGUAUGCAAAAGGCAUGCGGAGAAGCGAUUUGGUUGUGUGUUUCCAUGCUUCAGCACCAGGGCUGUCCAUUUUGAACAUUUAAAGUCUCUAGAUGCUAGUACUUUCCUCAGUGCACUAAUGUGCGUUAUAUCCCAUAGAGGAACCCAGAUGGAGAUCUAUUCUGAUAGAGGAACAAACUUCUUGAGAGCCGAAAGGGAGCUCUGA